UCCCCUCUCUUAUAAAACCCACUGUGUAGUCUCUAGUCUCUACAUAGGCAUUGCAGUUCGUCUUCGUAGCUCGAACAUAGCAAAUCCAAAACCCUCAAAACUCUCCAAAACACUCUCUCCUAUCAAAUGCUCUAACCGCUAUAUUUCCGAUUUAAUUUUGUAAAAUUCAUUUCGUAAUCAACAAUGCCUCGCGCUUCGAAGAGGAAAUCGGACGCCGUAAAAUCAUCUCUUGCCGAACCUGCCCCAAAGAAAGCCACAAAGGAAGUGGAACGAAUAGACAACUUCUUUGCAUCAUAUGCUAAUACUUCAAUAGGCAUGAUUGAUCCAGAAGGGGUUGAGAAGCUCUGCUCAGAUCUAUCAGUUGAGCACACUGAUGUCAGAAUCUUGAUGCUUGCUUGGAAAAUGAAUGCUAAGAAGCAGGGAUACUUUACACAGGAAGAAUGGAGAACAGGCCUCAAAUCUCUUCGUGCUGACACUCUUAAAAAGCUAAAGAAAGAACUCUCCGAGUUGGAGAGAGAGGUUGCUAAGCCAAACAAUUUUGAAGAUUUCUAUCGCUUCUCCUUUCGUUACUGCUUAACAGAAGAUAAACAAAAGAGCUUAGACAUCGAGAGUGUUUGUGUAUUACUUGAUCUUGUUUUAGGGCCCUAUUUCCGACUUCAGAUUGAUUCAUUCUGUGACUACUUAAAGAUACAAAAGGAGUAUAAGGUGGUUAACAUGGAUCAAUGGACUAACUUUUUUCGUUUUUGUCAAGAGAUAAAGUUUCCAGAGCUUGAAAAUUAUGAUGCUUGUCAAGCAUGGCCAUUGAUUCUUGACAAUUUUGUAGAAUGGUUGAGAGAAAAGUCAAACCACCCUUAAUAUGUAUAAUGCUGGUUAUACAAGGAAUUUUAUAGAGAUGAUGUCAAUUUUGGAGAGAAAUGAGAAUACUUUUUUGCAAGUGUGCUUUGUUACUUUGUUGUGCCAAAAAUGGCUCCUACUCUUUGAAUGUUUGUUCGUAGCAUAAGAAUUUGAUUUUUUUUUUACUCAGUACUAAAUGAAAUGUUAAUUUCGUAUA